UGGCACGACACGUCGCCGGACCCGGACGUCGCGAAGCGCCAGCUCCGGGUCGAGGGCGGCGCGGCUUUCGGGACGGGCGAGCACCAGACGACGCGCAUGUGCUGCGAGUGGCUCCAGGAGGCGGAGCUGCCGGCCAUGUACACCAUGGUCGACUACGGCUGCGGCUCCGGCAUCCUCGCGCUGACGGCGCUGCGCUACGGCGCGGCGGUCGCCGUCGGCGUCGACAUCGACGUCGACUGCGUCGCGGCCGCGAAACGGAACGCGGAGUCGAACGGCUUCGCGCCGUCGGAGUGCCGCUUCCACCUGCCGCCCACGGGCGACUUCGGCCACGACCCGCUGCCCUCCGACGAGCCGCCCGCGGACGUCGUCGUCGCGAACAUCCUGCUGAACCCCCUGCUCGCGCUCCAGGACACGAUCACGGGCCUCGUCAAGGUCGGCGGCACGCAGGUCAUGUCCGGCAUCCGCCUCGACCAGGCGGACCGCGUCAUCGCCGCCUACGGCCCGAAGUUC